AUGUUCGCCAGCCACGACUAUCACGACAAACGCGACGAUGACCUUCGCAAGCGACCCUCACAGGCGUGGUGGUCAUGGGCCACCAUUAUGCGCCUGCGCCGUCGCCGCCUGGCAAUGGGCGUGCUAGGAGCUUUUCUGGUCUGGCUGUUCAUCCACAACAUUCCUACCGACCUGGGCAGCGUGGACCAGCGCAUGGGCCGUCCUCUACGGCCCGGUCACCGUGUCGGAGGUGUCGAGUUUGGCUACAUACCACCCGCCCGUCCUGCGCAACCGAACAGCCAUCCGAACCCUGCCUCCAACAAAGAGCCUACUGGGCCUCCGCCCAAGUCUCAAGCCGCCGGCCCGCAUGAAGACCACUAUUAUGCCGGGCCCGUCAGAUUCUACAAGUUGGCAAAGACUAUCCAGUCCAUUGCGCGCACCAUGGGUCACCGAAAAGACAAUAGGAAUGUCUUGUUCGCCGCCUCGAACCUCAAGAGUGCCGCCAACCUGCUGCCCAUGGCCUGCGAGAUGGCUCGCAUAGACAAGAACUUUGUGCAUUUCACCCUUGUUGGUCGGGAGGCCAUUCCUCUAGAGGAGGUGCUUGAAAUAAAUGCUGUCGAUGGCGACUCUUGUGACAUAUUCUUCCACGAUGCCCGAUGCGACUACUCCGAGUACAGCACAGAUGCUCGUGCAGAAGCCUCCGUAGUCGGUGCUCUGGGCCACAUCAACACGUACAUGCAUCCACAAGCCAUCAUCAUUGACGAUUCUUCGGUCGAGGAUGCCUUCUUUAUCAGAGGUCUGCGCUCAAAGCUUGCCAAUCUAGCUACUCCACUUAUCGAGAUUCCCAAGGGAAACUAUGAGGACUUCUUGUGGAUGACACGCCUCGACAGCGGCGGCUUGGCCUCGUGGCACAAGCCUAGCGUAAACAUUCUCAUCCAUGCCCAGCCCCAUUCAUCUGGCUCACUCCUACGUCUUUUGCAUUCCAUCAAGACUGCCGACUACUCUGGUCUCUCCCACCCGGAAAUCACCAUUGACCUUCCUCCGGAUGUUGAGUCUUUUGCACGCGAUUACCUUAGAGACUUCGAGUGGCCUCCGCACCAGGACCCGACUGGCCCACGCCAACGCAAUGUCAAAGUGCACCAUCGCAUCUCUACUGCAAAGACUACCACCGAGAACAAUGCACUCCGAUUUCUCGAAUCCUUCUAUCCUGUUGACCCUGACCAUUCUCACGUCUUGCUGCUCUCUACCCAGGCUGAGCUCUCGCCUCUGUACUAUCAAUAUCUGAUGUACCAUGUACUGCAACAUCGCUACGCAGCAUAUGGCUCGGACGACGGAGACAACCUCUUCGGCAUCGUGCUCGCCGCCCCUGAUACCUACCUCAAUGGUACAAGUCCCUUCCGCACCUUGAGCCUUUCUGACACCGAAAGAAAGUCCAAGGACUCGGAGGAUCUGGCCGCACCCUUCCUGUGGCAAGCGCCUAACUCUGAUGCCGCUCUUAUCUUCGGUGAUAUCUGGGCCGAAGUGCACGAUUAUCUGAAGAACCGCCUUCGUGCUGCCCAUGACGCGUCGUCCGUACACCAACCACCUACUAAGCGUGCCAAGCUUGUUUCUGAAACACAACCUGGAUGGCUCGAAUACAUGCUGGAGUUGAUGAGAGCCAGAGGUUGGAGAAACCAUUAUCCUGCUCAACUGGACGCAGGCGCAUGGGCGACCGUACACCGAGACUUGUUCCAGAAGCCGGAAGAAUAUAUGAGCACACCUCAAAAGAUCGACGAACUCAAGGAAACAAAAGAGGAAGACAAGGCUGGUGAAGAGGAACCAUUCCUCCGCGCAGAAUCAGCCGCAGCACAGAUUCGUCGCCAGGAAGAAUAUCUCGGACAGAAGGAACGUGAUAUGCUCCAGCACUCUCAGCCGUUACAUGUCCUGUUGCCAUACGAGACCGACCUCACCGAAAUCGGUCAUCUUCCAGCUCUAGAGUAUAGCGGACAAAAGAUAGAGCGCGAAGAAUUUGGGAAGCUGGCAACAGAGUUCAGGCCACUGCUGAGAGCACAAGUCGGUGGUUGCAAUGCCGCAGAAGCUUCUAACGAUCGCAAGUAUGAUCUAGGCAAGACUGAUGACCUCUUCUGCUUCAUCGGGCAACCAGACUUGGAAGAAGUGGAUGCAAGCGAAAAGACUGCCAAAGCCAUUCUCGGCGACCAUAUCUCUGAGCCCGCAUCUUAUGCCGUAACAGAUGUCAAGGAGUCCAAACCUGUCGCUGAGGAGGAGAAGCCAAUAGGAGAGCAAACUCUGGACUCUGCGGCGAAACAGAAGCUGGCGCACAUGAAGGCAGAGAAACCUGUCAUCAAGCAGGUCAACCAGGAAGACACAGAGACAGAGACCGAGAAGGCACAGGUGCCUCCAGUAGAUGGCCCCUCUCGUAAACAUGGAGGGGGUACAUUGAAGGCGGUGGUGGAAGAUCUGGGGCCUCCGAAAGUGAAGAGCGGCGGCGCCUGA